CUCUAGACCAAAGCUGUUUGUGUGUGCGGGGCUGGACAGCAGAAGGACCACAGUACCCAGAGUGCACCGCGGCUGCAGCGCUAUAAACAUACGAUGGAGUUUGAAGGACGGACUGAGCGAUGAUCGUAUUUGUUCGGUUCAACCUUGGCCCCGGUGUUGCCGUGGAGCUGCAGGAGGAGGCCAGCGUUGCUGAGCUGAAGGAGGUUGUGGGGAGUCAACAGGGAGUCCGACCAGACCAGCUCCGGGUGCUGUUCGCUGGUAGGGAGCUGCAGAGCUCUGCCACACUGCAGGGGUGUGACCUCCCAGAGCAGAGCACCGUCCAUGUUGUCCUCCCCUCAUCAGACUCCGCCUCCUCUUCGUCUCGCCUCCUCCUCCUGCAGGAGCGUCUGGACCGAGGAGCCGAGCAGGAGCAGAGUAGUCUGACCAGGCUAGACCUCAGCUCCUCACGCCUCCUGUCCACCUCAUCUGGACUGGCUGUGAUCCUGGAGGGAGGAGGGGGAGGGGGAGGGGGAGGGGGAGGGGGAGGAGCCACAGAGGAGGCGACACCCAGGCUUCAGGCCCAGGCUUCAGGUCACAGAGGUGAGCAGACACACAGUAGUUUCUUCGUGUACUGUAAGAGCUGCAGGUCAAUUCGAGCUGGUAAACUGCGAGUUCGCUGCAGACGCUGUAAACAGACGACGCUCACACUCAGCAGGGGGCCGUCCUGUUGGGAUGAUGUUCUUCUACCAGGUCGUAUCCAUGGUGUAUGUCAGUCCGAUGGUUGUCAUGGCAACGAAGCGGAGUUCUACAUGAAGUGUGCGUCCCAUCCAACGGCAGAUGACGACCUCUCUGUGGCCCUCGACCUCGUUAUGACCAACACCAGAAACGUGCCCUGCAUCGCCUGCACCGACGUCAUGGACGUGGUCGUAGUGUUCCAGUGUCCGGAGCGUCAUGUGAUCUGUCUGGACUGUUUCCGUCGUUACUGCCAGACUCGACUCAACGAGCGUCAGUUUGUCCAUGACGCCGUGGUCGGAUACUCUCUGCCCUGUCCAGCUGGAUGUGAGGAUUCGCUCAUUAAGGAGCUCCAUCACUUUAGGAUUCUGGGAGAUGAACAGUAUGGGCGGUACUUGCAGUACGCCGCAGAGGAGUGUCUGUUGAUGAUUGGAGGAGUGAUGUGUCCGUCACCUGGCUGUGGGGCGGGGCUUCUACCACCUGACGACAACAGGAGGGUGGAGUGCGACCUACAGGCGGGCUGUGGAUUUGUCUUCUGCAGAGACUGUAGGGAGGAGUACCAUGAGGGGGCGUGUCUCACCAUACAGGCUCCACCUACAGGUGGGACUACACAGGGGUUCGUGGUGGACCGGGGGGCGUCGCUCAGGGGGAGGUGGGACCACGCCUCCCUGCUCCUCAUCCAGAACUCCACCAAACGCUGCCCUCAGUGUUCGGCUCCUGUGGAGAAAGACGGCGGCUGUAUGCACAUGCACUGUCCGGUCUGCAGGGCUCAGUGGUGUUGGCUCUGUGGAAUCCCCUGGAACAGGGACUGUAUGGGAAACCACUGGUUCGGAUGAACACAGGAUCCAUGUGACCUUUAACCCUCCUAUCACUGCGUCCCUACAGGAUAUCACUGAAUCAUACAAUCAAUCAACUAUCAAUAAAAUGUGGCAUUAAAUGGUG